AUGGUGUUACGAAGUCGUCUUGAAAAGAAAUGGAACGACAUCCAAGUGGGUCGUCAAGGUUCUUAUUCAGUCGAACGACUUGAAAGUUUCAAUGCGUAUUGCGAAACUACUUCUCGUACUCGUGUAAUUCUAGUAUGUUUGCUCGUUCCAAUACCUACUUUAGCGUUUGCGAUCUUUUUGGAGUGUCUACCGCUCCGUAAUCCGUCGGAGGGAUGGAAAGCAAAUUGGAUGUUUUGGAUUCGUCAGGCAUUAUCAGUGUCGCCUAUUCAGACUGUUGCAAUGACUUUUCUGCUUUUGGUGCUGUACAUGACUACCAUGCUAGUAGCCGCUAGCACGAUUGGGUUUCCUCUUCCAUUUAUGGUACAGCUAGCAAAUGCGGUGGUUGGAGCUUACAUGUUGGUAGUCUUAGUGCUUGUCUUGGGCAAGUCACCAUUCACAAAGGAAUCUAUUUGUCGGCCAUAUCUUCAACGGUUUCAGCGAUACCAAUACGCAUUCUUUGCUGUAACUAUCGUAUAUCCUUUUUGCAAAGCACUUCACGAUUCAUUAAAUCCAACGUAUCGAAACUUUAUAGUGUUGAUGCUGCCGAUAUGGAAGUUUGGUGCUAAAUAUGUUGUGAUUAGUGCCACACGUGAACUGGAGGAUAUCAUACCGCAAACGUUAAGUUUUACUGUGGAUCUAUACAGCUCGCUUUUCAUGUCUGUUUGCAUGUCAAGUUCUGGAUCUUUACUUCUGUCUGUAUCCUUCAUUGUUGUCGAUUUGGGACUAACAUUGUUGGAAUUUCGCGAACUACGGUCCAAUGCAUUUCUCAUAGUGCAAUUACUCAAUCAACAACGUUUGUCUCGAGAAUCUGCAUUAUCGACCGAAUCGCCAGAUUUACUCGCGAUGGUUCUUGCGGUGGCACGAGAUCCCCACGCUUACGAUAUAAUUUUAAUGCGUAGUGUGCGAUUGCAUGCAUGUCUUCCACAUCCUCUUCCAGACGAUCGUUCCAAGCAACUUCAAAUUCUCGCAGCAUCAGGAUCAUAUCGUCAAAACAUUACGACUAAAACACGUCUUGGUCGCCGACGCAAUCCUGUUCAACCGAUUAAGCUACAAGUUGUCAAUGUUUUAACGAAACAACAGGCAAAAUAUUCUGCUCCAUCUCCCAAAAUGUCUGAUGAAAAAACAAGAAAUGGCAGAAGAUCGGAAUAUUUGGUCUUACAAGGACUCCAGUUUCUAUUUCAUUGUGAAUAUUUGGCACUAGUGGAAUAUAUUGAAUGUGUUGUUCCCACCAUAUAUGUCAUUUUCAAGUCAGUGCUCGAACUGCUUCCAAAUGUCGUAUACUAUCCUGGUGGUGCUGGCAAAUGGAGUACCUUUGCUAUGUCAAACAUUUUGCUCUUUGCCUUUCUGGAAGUUGGGUCGUUUCUUUUCUUAGAUCAAUUUUUACAGCGCCAAUUCAAGGUCUCUCCUAUGUAUCAGGUCGCUUUUGUACUUGAAAAGAUGGCGUGGCAGGUCCAAUCGAUGUUGCUUCUUUCGAAUUUUCUUCUAGCGUACGAGCUUGCUCAUCACGGAGUUGAUUUCACCUUCCGAUUCGAAUGGAUCCGAUAG